UCCCUAUUCUUGUUACAAUUUCUUUCAAGAGUAAUAUAAAAAAAUUGAAAAAAAAUCCUUCCUUUUUCUCUUCCUUCUCAAAUUUCAACAAAAAAAAACAUCUGUACGUAUAACAAGAAUGUAUAUACGUACAGAAAAUGCAAUUUGAGAGGUGGGUUUGUGUUUAUAUAGCAUAAUUUGAAGGAAAUUUGGAAGAAAAUGGGUGAUUUAAGAAAUGGGUGUUUGAUAUUGUUGUUGAUUUUGAUGGGUUUUGGUGUAGAUGUGAAAGGGGAAUAUUUGGUUUUUAAUGUGAAGCAUAAAUAUGGUGGGAGGAAUGGUAAUGGGUCGAUUUUGAAUGAUCUUAAAGCUCAUGAUAAUCGACGGCAUAGCAGAAUGCUUACUGUUAUUGAUUUCAAAUUGGGUGGAAAUGGCUUGCCUACUGAUGCUGCGCUCUAUUACACUAAGAUAUCUAUUGGAACGCCUUCAAGGGAUUUUCAUGUCCAGGUUGAUACUGGAAGUGACAUUUUAUGGGUGAACUGUGCCAGCUGUGAGGGAUGUCCUACAAAAAGCGACCUCGGGAUAGACUUGAUGACAUAUGACCCGAAAGCCUCUGCAAAUGGGAAAUCUGUUUCUUGUGACGAAGAGUUUUGCAUGCUCAAUACUCCCUACUCAGAUUGCAGGACUGGAAUGCCAUGUGAUUUUCAGGUUAGUUAUGGAGAUGGUAGCUCAACAGCCGGAUUCUUUGUGAAGGAUGAUAUUCAGUUUGAGCAAGUGUCAGGAGACCUACAAACAACGUCGAUGAACGGGUCGAUAGCAUUUGGGUGCUCAUCUAGACAGUCUGGAGAGCUAGGUGCUUCUAAUCAAGCAGUUGAUGGAAUACUUGGUUUUGGACAAGCAAGUUCAUCCGUAAUUUCGCAGCUAGCUGCCACUGGGAAGGUUAAGAAAAUAUUUGCACAUUGCCUAGAUGGAAAGAAUGGAGGUGGCAUAUUCACCAUUGGACCAGUAGUUCAUCCAAAAGUAAAUACAACACCACUAGUCUCAGAUGCGCCACAUUAUAAUGUUAUUAUGAAAGGAAUUGAGGUUGGUGGUCAAGUUCUAGACAUUCCCACAACUAUGGCAAUAAUUGACAGUGGAACAACCUUAGCUUAUCUUCCACACAAGGUCUACAGUACUCUCAUCAACAAGCUGAUUGAACGGCACCCACAGUUGAAUAUUCGUCUUGUUGAGCAGAGUUUCCACUGCUUUGACUACACUGGGAAGAUUGAUGAUGGGUUCCCAGUUGUAACCUUUCGGUUUGCAGAUUCGCUUCCUUUGACAGUUUAUCCCCACGAUUAUCUUUUCCAAAUCGAAGAGAGUAGAUGGUGCAUUGGUUGGCAAGACAGCAAAAUGCAGACAAAGGAUGGAUCGGAAAUAACUCUGUUGGGAGAUCUCGCGUUAUCAAACAAACUAGUUGUUUAUGAUAUUGAAAAUCAGGCAAUUGGUUGGACUGAAUAUGACUGUUCUUCAACCAUCAAACUCAAGUAUGAGGAAAGUUCUGGUAGCGCAUAUACCGUGGCUUCUCACAAUAUUUCUUCAGCUCCUAUGAUGGAUUCGACAAAGUUCUUCACGUUCUUCUUGAUAAUCAUCUCCAUCUUGUUCAAUUUGUUGAAGUGACAACAGAAACAGCUGUACAGUGAGUAAUUUUUGCACCAUCAACAUUCAGCAAAUUGAAGGGAUUUUCAGUCUUUUCGACCUUGGUUUCGUUGGAGCAAGUAAGAAAGAUUGAGAAACAGAACCAUAUGCUUAAUUUGUUCUCAAUUGCCACGAGUUGAUCAUCUGAAGGUGAUCCUGUUGUCAACAGAUUCUUCUAUUACACUCGUAGUUUCUAAAGGAUGAGAACCAACUAUGUUAGCAUCUAUAUCGAGGAUUCAUGUCCUAUAUACAUCCUGUAACAACGAACUUGCAAAAUUGACUUGUUUAUCAUAACGAGAUUCAUCGUUCCUGACCA